GCGAGCAGCACCCAUGGCCUGCAGGUCCUGUUCACCCUGUCAGCCGAGCAGCGAUGAUACAAAUAAAAAGCCGCAUGAGAUACAGCGCGCUGGGCAUCGCCGCUGCGAGGCUGGUUUCCUCCGGUCCCACCAAAAACCCAGUGGUGUUUUUGGACAUCGAGGCCGACAGUGAGCCUCUUGGAAGAAUAAUCAUUGAGUUGAGUGCAGAUGUCGUGCCAAAAACUGCAGAAAACUUCAGAGCACUGUGCACUGGGGAACAUGGCUUUGGAUACAAGGGAUGUGUGUUUCACAGGGUCAUACCAGAGUUUAUGUGUCAGGGAGGAGAUUUCACUAAACACAACGGCACAGGAGGAAAAUCUAUAUAUGGGAAAACGUUCAAGGAUGAAAACUUCAAAUUAAAACACACCGGUCCAGGAACUCUUUCCAUGGCAAACUCGGGGCCAAACACCAACAGCUCCCAGUUCUUCAUUUGCACGACUAAAACUGAAUGGCUUGACGGUAAACACGUGGUGUUCGGGCAGGUAAAGGAAGGUAUGGACGUGGUAACUAAGAUGGAAUCCUUUGGUUUACACGAUGGUGGCGUGAUCAAGAAAAUUGUCAUCACUGACUGCGGGGAAAUCAAAUAACACCUAAGAUUGCACAUGGACUUCUGUGGGGUGACUCACUAUGCAGCCAUUUGGUAUUUACUUUAUCUGUCCUCCCGUUUUCAUGAUACUUUCAAGGAGGAGCUGUCACAGGUGAUCCUGUUCUUCCCUAAAAUCUGAUAUUUCUACUGUGGAUUACGAUUUUAAAAGAUCCAUAGAUUUAGCUUCAAAUCAUCAGAUAUGACAAGUUUACACCGCGUGUUUGCUUAUAAAUAAUGCUAACAAUGGAAAGACUGGUAGUUACACUGGUACAUUUUUAUCUUGGCUCUUACUGAUCUCUUGUUUUUCUACGUUUUACCUUGACCCAGAAAGUUGUUGUUGUGCGAUUACUCUCUAUUUCCUGCCAAAUAAAUGAACAUUUUCAGAUUUUACUAGCUCUGGUCCUAGUACAGGACAUUUGCUCUCAUGUGCCACCAACCCCGCUGAUUUUAAAGCUUCCUGGAAAUGAUCCAGCAGCUUUUUUUAGACAGCGGCUCUCCACCACGACUGACUUCCUGUCCAUCAGAGCAGGAUGUGACAUCACGUGACAUCCACCUACAGUGGAGCUGAAGUAUCACAUGAAAUCAGUUGACAGAUGAUAGACCUGUGGGCUAUAGCCUCAUUGGACACAGACGAUUUAAUCUGCUGGAACCAUAAAGGAACCUGAAAAUGUCUUUAGCUUGUAUGUGGGCUGCUCUUCCUUCACAGCCUCUUUAAUUCGAAACGCAGAGUGUUCGGAGGAGAGUGAGAGAAAGAUAGAGGGAGAGAAAAGAAGGCCCGGACAUGUCUGAAGGCCAGAGACUGGGUGGUGCUGCUUAUCGAGCUAAUACUUUAUGAAAGUAAAUAAUGAAGCGACGUGAAAAAGCAGCUCUUGCCCCUAAAUGAAACCAUAUGCGCACUGACCUUCCACCGUUUGUUUGAAUUCUCAGAUUACAUUGUUGCUAUAGAGACUUUGCAGCUCUCUCUGUUUGAGCUAGAGAUGUUGUAACAAACUUGAUAUAAUUUGGGUCCCCACCCUCUGGUUUAGUUUUAGUUAUUUGGAAUGCAUGUCCAAUAUUGUGCAUGGAAACUUGGCUCAAGAGGCGGCGGUGCUGCAGCCAACGUUUAAUACACAUGCAAAACAAUGACAUCUUUACAACUGGUACAAACUGGUUCUUCUGCUGUAAAUGUCUACAUUUAUCAAGCAGCACCCAUGUCAGCUGGGUGUCCUUUUUUGUGUGUUUUGGUUUUCCUGUCCACAGUUUGACCCAAAGUGUUGAAAUCGGCUCCUGUCACCUCGAUGUGUCUGUUAUCUUUUCAGCACUUUCACGGAAAGUGAGGGAAAAAGUCCCUUCUUCUGUGUUACACAACAGCCAUGAAUAAUCCAUUGGACAGUUCUUUUAUCAUAAUCUAUACGCUUAUGUAAGGCUUCGACCUCGCAGUCAAAGACACAGAACAGAGUGAUGAUGAAAACAUAUACUCUCUGUAAUGAAUAUUAUAUGGACAGGAGCUCCACAGAAAACAAUGUGUUGCUUUUGGCUGAAAUAAAACUCCAGAGUGAACACCUCCCAGUUACUGGUUACAAAAAUUCAGCACAGGAUCCAAACAAAUGAAAACCACAUUAUCCAAGCAGUCCUAAUUCAAUAUGACUUUUAUUCAUCAAACUUUCGACAGCUCUAUAGAACUAAAAUGUUUUCCCAACUAACAAAUAAGGCACAUUUUGGAAUGCCGUUUUAUGGACAUGAAAAACAGACCUGUGGUCUACUCUCUAAACCAUGACUGUCCUUGUUUCCCAAAAUCAUUGUCUUCCCAACCUCACGCCUGUGUUCUGUCCAAUUCAAAUAUUACAUUAUUGCAAUAUUGCAUUACAAACAUCUCAAGUGAUACAGACAGCAAAGAAUACAAACAUAACUUUCCAAAUUGACCACAUAAGUGUUAACACAUUACAUUCAGUAAAUAUGUAUUAUUCAUAGAGGCUACACUAGCGGUAAAUGAAAUACUUCACGCCUAAUAACAAUCAGAAGUUGCUGAUAACGUUAACAGCAUGUACUGAAGAAAACUACCGUAAAGUAUUUAAAUAAGUAUACAUUGCACAAAAUAAUAUUUCUUUCCAAACCAAACACAUGCACAUGCAAACUCUAAAAUAGUUCUUUGUCACACACGCUUUCUUGACAAAAAGUAUACACUCCCUAAACUACUAAUAACACCAUAACAUUUUAUAAUAGUUUCUUGUCAUUGCUGCUUUAAGCAAACUACAUCUCACAGUUUAACGUGCUUAUACAGUGGUGAGUAUCCGUCACUAAUUAAGAUUAAAAAAAAAAAAAAAAAGAUUUCUGCA